AACAUGGACUGGUUCUUCUUAAUUUGCUCUCAAUUAUUGUGUUAGUCGCCGAGUACAAGCAAACUCUUCCCUCCGUACAACCCGACACCGUCUGCUCAAAGUCCCCAUCUGCCGCUUUUUAGACCGAAUUAUCUUGCUCACACUAUCCAGGCUACCGUUUCAAUGCUGCUGCCCCCUUGCCCGUAGCACCAUUUUCCGCUCCCCAAAUGGGUUCUGUUUCAGCGGUGCCAUGUCCCUUUUGGGGGAGCUGGUGGAGCGUGCUCUUGCUCUAGACAAUGGACGGAGCUCUCAACCAGCUGCCAUCGGUACGCAGACGCAGAUAAAUACGGCCGGCAGCCUCGCCAAGCCUUUCUCUUCUUUCCCUUUUCAACCUCAACCUCAACCUCUGCCUCAAUCUCUUACCAAUUCACGUUUCCUUCUCUGCUUCUUCUUCCACUCUUCCACUCUUCCACAUUCAACCCGCCAAAAUGCGUGUCUCGGCCAUCGUCCCCGCCGUCCUCUCCCUCGCCUCCGUCUCGUCGGCGCACUUCCUCAUGAACUAUCCCGACUCCAUCGGCUUCGACGACGACAAGGAGGGCACCGCUCCCUGCGGCGGCUUCACGCCCGACCUCUCCUCUGGCUCCAAGCAGCUCGUCGACUUCCACGUUGGCGGCGACUCCCUGGCCAUGCGCGCCACCCACAACCAGGUCACUUGGCUGUUCCGCGUCACCCUCGACGGCACCGCCCAGUCUGGCUGGAAGCAAAUCUUCCCCAUUGUCGAGCAGAGCGGCCUGGGCGACUUUUGCGAGCCUCACAUCACGCUGCCCUCCAGCUAUGCCGGCAAGAAGGGCGUCAUUAGCGUUGUGACCGAUGCGCCAGAUGGUCUUUUGUACCAGUGCAUUGCUGCCAACUUCGUCUCUGGAUCCAUCGAUCCCCCCUCGGCCUGCAAAAACGCCUCCAUCACCGCCAGCUUCGUCGACGAUUCCAAGCUCUCGGCCCUCGUCUCCGGAAGCGCCUCUGGCUCUGGCAGCUCCUCCAACACCACCAGCGGAGGAUCCUCCUCUACUGCCUCCAGCACUCAGAGCAGUACCGCUGCUGCCACCUCCACCAAAAAUGCUGCCCCUGGCCAGCUCGCUGCUUGGUCCGUCUCGGCCUUUGGCCUGGGCAGUGCCUUGACUGCCGUGUCUAUGGUUCUUGCUGGCGGCGCUCUGAUGAUUUGAGAUGAAAAAAAGCGAGAUUUUGAUGACAUUUGAUUUUUUUGUUGUUAUGAGGCGAUAUAUAAAAUUUUCCGACUCAAGGGUACAUAAUGGGAACAGGCAAAACUGAAUAAUGAUGAUUUUUUUCCUAUGAGAAAUGGUUUCGAAUCGAUGUUUCACUGUGAAUCUUGUUUCCUUCGCUGCGGCGCCGCUGAUCUAGAUGCAAUUGCUUCUU